UUUGCGUUUUGCUUAUGCGACUAUCCCUAUUGUUUUCAUGGCUUCAACUGUUUUGAUGGAAUUGAGCAGUAAGAUUGGUGGCGAGAUUGAAAAUCCUUUCGGAAGAGAUGCUAAUGACUUAGAUUUGAAUAGUUUCUGCGAAAUUAUCCUUCGGUCCUUAUGGUCUGAAGUUCGGAAGCUUUCAGAAGACAUUCGUUCUAGACUAUCCCAUCAAUCUGAUGUGGAAAUUUCUGUUCAACGAGUUUCUCCAAAUCCGGAGGCUCUAAAAAGGUUAAAAAUUCAAGACCCCACUUUUGAUUAUCACACUGACCAAAAAACCGGACAAAUGCUAAUUGAGGGAAUGGGCAAAUUGCACCUAGAAAUCUCGGUCGAAAAACUGAGGGAAAAGAACCUAAGCGACUAG